AUGCCGGAUAACGAACCAGUUGGUGCCGGCGGUGGUUCCGCCGCGCCGGAAGAAGCUCCGACUGUGUGCAAUUUCUUCCGGAAGCCAUCAAAGGGAAAGAACAUUAGGAAACGAACCUCCACUGAAGAUGGAACUGGCGAGGAUGAAGAAUCCACAGUUGUCAUCAACAAGAAGAAGCAAGCGGCUCCCGACAACAAGCUCCGCUUCUCAAGUGGACCGGCAAAGACCUCGAAAGAAGCUGAGGUGGAUAAACCCAAAGCCACGGUUUUCGAAUUUGAGUCAUCCAGAGAUAUCCAGGUCCACAAUGACAAUCGGGCCACGGCUACCCUGGAAACUGAGACCGAGUUCUCUAGAGACGCACGGGCAAUCAGAGAGAGAGUCCUUAGGCAAGCUGAGGAGGCCCUUAAGGGUAAAAACAAAGCUGACGGAUCAGAAAAAUUAUAUAAGGGCGUGCACGGGUACACCGACUACAAGGCGGGGUUCAGGAGAGAGCAUACGGUCGCGAGUGAGAAGGCUGGUGGGGCCCAUGGGCCCCUUAGGGCCUCGGCCCACAUAAGGGUUUCUGCAAGAUUCGACUAUCAGCCUGACAUUUGCAAAGAUUAUAAAGAGACAGGUUAUUGUGGAUAUGGGGAUUCUUGCAAGUUUAUGCAUGAUAGAGGUGAUUAUAAGUCGGGCUGGCAACUGGAAAAGGAGUGGGAAGAAAAGGAGAAGGCGCGGAUGAGAAAAAUGGCUAUGGGGAUGAAGGACGAUGAUGAUGAUGAUGGUGAUGACGAGGGGAGGGGUGGGGGGACGAGCGACGACGAUGAGGAUGCACUGCCGUUUGCGUGUUUUAUAUGUCGGGAACCUUUUGUGGAUCCCGUUGUGACUAGGUGCAAGCAUUACUUUUGUGAGCAUUGUGCGUUGAAGCAUCAUGCGAGAAAUAAGAAGUGCUUUGUAUGUGAUCAGCCCACGAAUGGGAUAUUCAACACGGCCUUUGAGAUACGGAAAAAGAUGGCUGCUGAGAGAAAGUAA